AUGCUACACGUCAAGAACUCUGCCGCUCGGCGCGCUGGUGCCGCGACGGCCCACGCAGCCUUCCUCAGCGCCCCUGCCACGGCGACGGCCACGUCGUCGUCUGGAAAGCCAUUCAAGCACGCGUCCGAUGCCGAUGAGCAAGAGCACGGCGCCCAGGCCCGUCGCGAGAACGCACAGGUCGCUCAGCGCUUCCAACUCAAGCAGCUGCUGACUGCGCUGGCGAACGCCGAGGGCGGCGGGACGAGCAUGAUCUCGCUCUUCAUUCCGCCAGGCGAGCAGAUGCACCGCGUUGCGCACAUGCUCAACGAGGAGCUUGCCACGGCCAGCAACAUUCGCAGCCGCAUCAACCGCCUCGCCGUGGAGGAAGCCAUCCGAAUGUGCCUCCACCGCGUCCGACUCAUGCGCACCCCACCGCCCAACGGCAUGGCCAUCUUUGCCGGCCAGAUCCAUUCUGGCAUCGUCCUGACACCCGCCAUGGCUGCCGUGUUGCUCGACGGUGGUCGGUCGACUGGCGAGGGUGCGUUGGAUGCUUCCGCCAACUCGAGCGCCGCCUCCUCGUCUGCUUCUGCUUCUGCUGCUGCUGCUGCUCCUGGAGCCGAGGGCAACAGCAACGAAAACGGCCUCACCCUGCAUCGCGUGUCCUUUGCAGUCGAGCCGCUCAAGCCCCUGACCAACCGCGUGUACCUGUGCGACAAGCGUUUCCACGUCGAGACGCUGCUCGAUCACCUGGAAGAUCGUCGCAAGUUUGGCGCCGUUGUGAUUGACGGCCACGGCACCACUCUUCCAACCGCUUCGCCCGGCUGCGUCUUUGACGCACGCUUGCAUUAUGUGCGCCGCAUUGCCGCCUUAUGUGUCCAAACCUUCAUCACUGGCGACGGCACUGCCCUGAAUGUGAAUGGUCUCAUUUUGGCGGGCGCGGCCGACCUCAAGCGCGACCUGUACGCUCAGCUGGACCAACGUCUCGUCCCUGCAGUCCUGAAGCUCAUCGACACGAGCUAUGGCGGUCGUGCUGGGCUCAACCAAGCGAUGGCCGAGGCGCAGGACGUGAUGAGCGGGCUUGCUCUACAGCAGGAAAUGGCUGCCGUGCAGCGCUUCUUUGAUCAGGUGGCCAACGACGAGUCGAUGGUUUGCUUUGGUGGGCUGGAUACCAUCCGCGCGAUCGAAGCGGGUGCCGUUGAGCUCGUCCUCCUGCACGAAGACUUGCACCAAGCCCGCCGCACGCUCGUGUCCUCCCUAUCGAGAACGGUGCAUGUCGAGAUUAUUCCCGAGCCUGCCCCCAGCCAGCCUCCGCACCCUCUGCCCCGCUGUGAGCCAUCCGCAAUUCCUCCGCCACCCGCGGACGGUGCUGCUCCUCGGAGCGGAGCUGCCGAGCGCUGGGAAGUGGUUGCUGUCGAACCACUGGUGCCGCUUCUGCUCAACCUCGCCCGCGUGAAUGGCGCGGCUGUGACGCUCAUUCCAGGCUCGAGCUCGCUGGGCAUGCAGUUUGUUCGUGGAUUUGGCGGUGUUGGCGGCAUGCUUCGCUUCCCCAUCUUCCGCGAAGACGGCAGCCACAGUGCUGCCGCCGUCGAUUCUGACGUCGAAGAGGACGAUCUGAUUGACAUUGACGAGUACGAGUCCUUGAUGAACUAAAGAGUGACUUGACGAGUCCUUGGUGAACCAAGAAAAAGAGUGACCCAAAUGAAGGGUGGGGAGGCGCGCGUUUCGUCCUUUUUGAACUGUUUCUGUAUUUUUUUUGUUUCUUGUGCAGUCCUAUGUUCUAAGAUCACUUCAAAAUGUUGUCGAAGAGUACUAUGACUUGGGUAGGUCUGAUCGGUGGGAAUGCAAACCACUCUGUUGUUUCCCCUUUCAACAAUCAACAAAAUUUUGCACUGAAAAU